UAGCUCAAGGUAUGACAUCUCAAAAUCUUUUGUCUGUCUAACGUCUGACUGGGAUGAACCUACUUCACCGUAGCUAGCGACAGCCGUGGAACGGUAGACGCUGCUUUGCUGUGGAUUCUGCGUGUUGCAUACUCUUGCAUUUUCUAUCGCAGACCUAGAUAAUAAACCUCUAGCCGAUUGUUGUUGGUGCCCACCGUUUGCUCGUCCAGCCUGCACUGGAGCUUGGUCUCCUCGUCCACGAACGCCAGGAACUUGUCGAUGCCAUCCUGGUUGCGUCGCUCCACGCCCAUGAUCACGACGCACUUGGGGUUCGCUUCACACAGCAGCUUCAUGGUCUGCGCCAAAGCUCGCCACGACGUGCCGUACAGCGGCUCGUAGAUGCAGUCGCAGGACAGCACCACGUCCACCUUCUCGUCGGGGUAUUGCGCCAGGUACUCCUUCGUCUGCUGUACGCCCCAGCUCAGCGAUCUCGCCACGAUCGAUCCCUUGCCAUCGACAUCCUCUCCAAGCUCUUCACCACCGGGAAGUCUCAGUACUUCCGCAUUGGCCGCCAAAUUCACGUGCAUCAGGCGGAGCAGUUCGUCCUGCUCCGUGAGCACCACGUGCUUGGCACCCGCCACACGCGCCGCCAUCCCCGGUACGCCACUGCAUCAAAAUCAGCAUUACCAUCAGUGAUACUUCUCAUUGCCAGCAAAAACUACCAACCAACGCACAUUCCGGCGCCGAGUUCGAUGACACGCAGGGAGUUGGUCGGAUCCUCGAGUUGCUGGCGGUAGUCGGCCAGGAACCGUCGAGCCAAAUGCACCGCGGCGUCCCACAGCAGCGUUCCGGCCCACGCCGCGCCGGAGAACAGCGGCGCGAGCUCGUCCGCUUGCUGCAGUAGGUAGUACAUACAGUGCCAUCAAACCGAGUCAGACGUGGCGUCGAUCGAGAGGAGAGAUAUCUCUCUCUGAGCAACAAUUUAUGCAGCGAGAAUUGGGGCGCGCACCAUCAACAGCGUCAAGUUGAGCUCCUUAUUAAGCACGCGCACGCGGGUGGACGCCUCCACCUUGUCCACGUUCUCCUCGGGGAAGACCUGCACGGGCGUCUCCAUCAUCGUCCGUCCACCCAAUCCGCGACUUGUGACUGGGAACCCAGAAACGUCGGAGUAUAAAACACGGUACCGUGUCUCGUCAGUAAAAAUACCAACCGCUCACAUACAAUUUCCAAGUGUAAUCGCUCCCAGCUCACCUAAUAACUCGAAACCAUUGCAGGAUUUCCAAAACCAGAGAGAAAGCGAAGUCCUGGACCGAUGGCCCACUGGUGGCGACGCGACGAGCUGCGCGCGCUGCUGCAGGCGUGGGAGCAAUCGCUGGCGCCCCCGCGCGACCGCGAAGACAUCGGCGGCGACGAGCUGCAGCGGCUGUACGCGCGCUUCGACGCGCUGCGGCCGCGCGACGCCGCCGCCAUCCCCGUCCAGGACGUGGAAGCGCAGCGCCAGCGCCUGGUGCGCACCUUCCUGUUCCAGCGCGCGUUCGACGCCGAGAGCAAGCGCGGGGGCCGCCCCACGUGGUUCCAGCUGCCGCCGGCGCAGCAGGACACGCUGCGCCGCAUGAACAGCCGCCUCGGGGAGCUGGCCGCCGUCACGCCCGACGAGUUCGAGCUGCUCACUCGCAUCUGCGAGGAACCGGCAGCACCCCCGUCGCAGCUGCUGCAACCGGCACCUCAGGCGCCGACACCGGCACCGACACCGUCAUUGAUGGCCGACGAGAUGCAGGCGGCGGCCGAGGCUUUGGCGGGGCUGCCCAUGUUCCGUCCCAACAACCAGCCCCGACCCACCCUGUCGCCGUCAUUGUCGCCCCCGUCGUCACCCAUCCGUACGACCAACAAGGAGUCGGUGGGGCAGCAGUCCAAGCAAGAGGUGGCGUCGGAUUCCGACGAGUUGUCGGUGGAGACGGCGUCGGACGCCGAUGACUCCGAGUACGCACCGGCCAAGAAGAGCCGCAAGGAGAGGGAGAUGGACUCGGACUACACCCCUCCCAAGGGCAAAGGCAAGGCCAAGGCCAAGAUCUCCAAGUGGUCCAAACGCGACGAAAAGCGGUUGAUUGCGGCGUGGCACGAGGUGGUGACGGUGCUGGCGGAGAACGGAUAUGCCGGAUCUUUCGCGUCCCGGAACGAGGGGCUGCGACUGAACUCGCUCAUUCACCAGAGGUAUGCGGAGCUGUGUGACAACAACUCGGCGCGCACGAACCAGUCGACGGGGGCCAAGAAACACGCCAUCAUGAUGGCGUUCCGGUCGCUGCGAGGGGUGCUCCGCACGCUGGCGUCCUUGAGCGAGCGUCCCAACUGGUUCGGGAUGACCCCCGAGGAGAGGAUGGAGCUGCAGAAAAUGCACGGACACCACCACGAGCACGCGUGCUUGAUCGAGAAGGAUACGUACCAACAACUGGGCGAGAUCGAUCGGGCGCAGCGGCUUAUUUCGACGCCGACGGCCAAUGCGCUUCGGCCUCCGACCACACUGGACCAAAUUCUCGGACGAACAAAAGACGGUGACUCCUUUGAUUCUCGCAAAAAAGGCGGCAAGGUGUCUGGCAAGAGCAAGUAUGAGGGUGGUCCGCCUCGAGGUUACGUGGUUACGCACCGAUCUUCGGAGGAGGAGUCUGGGGAUGAAUUGUCGGAUGAUGGUGCUUCGACGCGAAAUGGCCGAGUUGAAAACUCAAGUCGAGGUGGAAACUCGCGGGCAAUCGUCUCAUCAAGACAUCCUCGGUCUUCUCCGAAGGAGGUGGCUCGGAGAUCUAGUCGCGAGGUGAAUCCUGCAGAUGACAUAGGAAGCACCGACGAUUCCUCUCCUUCUAAGCGUCGUCGCACGGGGUUCAGCGAUGCCAAGUGGGUAACUCGUCUCUUGGAUGCUCAGACGCAGCGGUUCGAGGCGCUCCUCGCUGAGUUCCAGGAGGAGCGGCGACAGGAACGUCAACACAACAUGGAGAUCAUCCUGGAGGCGCUCAAGCUGCGCAAUGCGUCCGCGCAGAAGCCCGAUCAGCCGUCGCAGUUCGUGGAGGCGUUGGUGGAGAAGCAGCGCCAGCACAUGCUCGGCCUCUUCAACCAGAUGCAAGACGAGCGCUCACAGGAGCGGGAGCAGGCUCGCAUGCUGCUUCGAGAGCUGGGUGCGUCCCAUCUCGUCAGCAGCGGCCAAGACGAAGGGCACAAGGACGGGUGAGUGGAGUGGCCGAGGAAGUGAGUUAGUAUCAGCCCGCCAUGCAUGAAUGGGGUAGACCCCUCUUUAGUCGUAACACUAGUCGCCUCAAUUUCGACGUUGCAUUGAAUUGAAUCGAACCGCAUCCACCCCCAGCGUCGCAGCAACAAGCCUAGGGCAAGCAAGUAAACUAGAUAUCCCGCUCGAAACACUUCAAUCCGUCGUCUAAAAUUCCGAUAUUUCGUCUUUCCCUACAAACUUCAAGUGAUCCAUUUUUCAGCUUUUUUGGCCUCCAUAGCCAGUGAGAUUUUCGGCGACAAGCCAAAGCCGAAGACGGAGACGUCCAGGAGUCCCGCCGCUUCCAGAACCCCCACCUAGUUACCUCCCCGCCAUGCCCCCUGCAAGCUCCGCCGCCAGAGUCAACGCGGCGUGGGGCAACGAAGAGCUGGGCCAGCUCGUCCAGGCCUGGGAGGAGGUGGUGGACGACCCCAAGGACCGACUCGUGCUGACCCCCGGUGAGCGCUCGACGCUGCACGCGCGCUUCUGCGCGCUGUCGGGCUCGAGCCGCCGCAGUCUGUCGUCGGUCACCCGGCAGCACCACCGGCUGUGCACGUCCUACCGCCUCAUCGUGGACACCAACCGCCGCAGCCUGCGCGCCGGCACGCCCGGCUGGUUCGACCUGUCGGCGGCCGAGCAGCACGAGCUGCGUCGGGUGCACAACAAGAAGGAGAAGGGCAUGACCGUGGUGAACCCGGAGCUCUUCAGCCAGCUCAACCGAGUCUGUGCCGGCACCGAAGCUGCAGUGACAACCCCCAAGCCCCCGGCCAAGAAACACAAAGGCAAAGAGGGAGCUCACCACCACCACCAGAAGAAGAAACCCGCUCCCGAACCGGAGGAGGAGGACGCGGACGACGCCUCGGACGUCUUGCAACCCAAGAACGCGUGGACCUCCAGGGACUGGACGCUGUUCGUGGACGCGUGGCAAGAGGCCGCCGACGAGUUCCUCGAGCUCGGCAAUGAACCCGACGAGAAGGUCAAGCUGCCCAACUGGUUGAUCCGACAGAAGUUCGUGGGCAUGGGAGGGGCCCCCGAUACGAGCGUGGGCUCGAUCACGGCCAAGAAGCGGUGUAUCAUCCACUCGUACAACUUCAUCCGCCAGUGCGUGGCCGGCUUGGAGGCGCUGGACGGAUCCGACUGGUUCGACCUGACGUUCAACGAGCGAUUCCGUCUGCAACGGAAGCUCGUGAGCCCCAAGUCCAGUCAGCGCGUGGGCUGCGAGAUCGACCGCGAUACGUUCCUCAAGAUCGGAGCUAUCCUGGAGAAAGAGGACAUCCUGGGCGCGGUGACGGGCCGUAAACGCAAGCGCGGCCACAAGAAGGUUCGUCAGGAGUCGGUGUCGUCCGAGGGCUCGCUAGAUGAGUCGCUACCGCGGUCACCCAGUCCCUUUCCAUCCCGUGACGAUGACGAAGUGUCGGACCCAGAGGAGACGCG